AUGAACAAAGCUCCAGCAGAAGAACCCGAAUCCGAACCCGGAUCCGGCGGGAGGUUCCACACCGUCGUGCAGCCUCACCGUGACCUCGAAACCAACUGGGCAGUUGAUUUGGCGAAGAAUCUCGAAGAGUAUUUGCUCAAGAUUUGCUCCGGUGAAAUCGGCUCCUCCUCCCAAGGCGGCCACGACGUUCCUCAACUUUCAGUAAAUUUUGCUGAAGCUGCAUUGCUGCUUCAGGGUUCAGUGCAAGUGUACAGUAGAAAGGUGGAAUAUUUAUAUUCUCUGGUUUUGCAUACUUUGGAGUUCAUUUCCAGGAAGAGUUCUCAAGAGCAAGCAACCGGUGCAAGUACUUCAAGCCAAGAAGGAAGUGUUUUGCAAACUCAUGAUGAGGAAAAUGAUAAGUUCUGGGGUUUGGAUGAUAUUCCAGCUGAAGCGAAGAACUCAUUAGAUGGUGCAAACGCCAAAGAUGCUCAAGUCAAUUAUUUAAUGAGGCCCCCGGCGAAUUUGGUUGUACUUGAAGGCGACUGCUUAGAUGCUAUUGGAGAUGCUGGCGAGCUAGAGUCUUAUCUGUUGGCCACCAAUGAUCUUUUUCGGGAUUUUGUUUUAUUAGACUCAUGUGAUGCCGUAGCAGUCAAUGAGUUUUUGAACAGUCAAAAUAAAUCUGGAAAACUAAAUUCUGAUGCUCGCUUGGGGAUCUCUUCGAAUUCCAAAAGUCACAAGAGCUUUCUAUCUCCAAAUGGACGUUCUGGAGGCACUGGCCAUAAGCUGUCAGCUCAAAAAAGCCUGCAUACUGAUAUCAACCAGUCUCCGCUGGUUGAUGGUUUUGAAUCUAAUGAUUGUGGAGUUGAGAAUUCUCCACCCGCCGACGAUUUUCCUGACCAAGAUGUUGGUGACUUUGAUGUGCAUAAUGGGUUUUCAGAUGAUUCGGAUGGUGAAGAUCCAUGGAAACCUCUUAAUCCCCAUGAACCAGGGAAUUUGAAAGUCAAACCUUAUAAAAAAGGUCAAUGGAUAUUCUGA